AUGUCGGUCCCGCAGACGCCGUCGACUCUGCGCAGGAGUAGCCCGGCUCCGCCGCUUGGCACCAGUCUCGUCCUGGACGACCUUUCCACCCUCUCUCGCAAACGGUCCCGCCCUUCCUCUCUCGUCGUCUUCCCCUCCAGAAUCAUCGCCCGCUCCAUCCGUUCCGCCCUCCUCUUCCCCAAAUCCAUUUCCUCCGCUGUCAAAACCUAUCAAACUCAAGCCUCACUCGUGGUCUCCCUUUAA